AUGCCUCCUCCCAAUAGGUCUCCCAGCUCGCCGAGCCUGCGCGAUCCCCCCAAGCAGGCCUUGGACGAGCUACUUCUCUCUCGACCGUCGAUGUCUCAUCCGAAACCGCCUCCCUAUCAUGUCUCCGUUCGACGCUUCUCUACCCGCCGUCUUCGACCGUCCGUCGCGUCAAUAGCAGACAUUUUUGUCGGCUCGCUAGUCCUAGCAGGUUUCUGCAAUCAGCACACACCACAACACCGAAGCCUGUCCACAAUUUCGCUGAGGACAUCAGAGACGCAACUUCAAAGGUUUCGCGGGAAAAGUGUGGCCAAUCAGGGACAUGGACAACGGUCUGCCGCAAAACGUUGGGAGUACAUGAGAUCUUCGAUGCAAUCAUCGCGAGCUCGAUCAUGGCUGAGUACGGCUUUACUUCCAGCAGAUGAGCCUUCGCAUGCACAUGACUACACAAAACAUACACAAUCGAAACAACAAAGGGGGAGUGAGGAGUUCACGAGGGCCGGCUCAAGGGAAACGGCGGAUGAAGCAUCAUCACAUCGACAAACUUGGCCGCAGAUGCUCGACUCAGUGAUAGAUUCUGCACAGAGGACUGGGCAAACGAAGGAUCUUUCUCCAAUUGUACUAUCUGCGGACUUGGAGUUGCUCUCAGCCCCCGAGGGAGAAGCGGGCCUUUCGUACGACGAAAAGAUGCAUCGCAUGAAUUCAAACCUUUAUCGUCGAAUUCUGGGAGACGACUACGAGUGGUCAGAACCCAUGGAUGUUGUCUUUCCGAAAGACCGCGUGCAUUCAAAGAGAGAGGCGAAGGAGUUCCCUAGCGAGGAGAUUGCCCUGCACAGGCUAUCAGUCGCGAAGCUGAUGCAUGUGCUAUACCACGAAAAGUCACCCUCGACAUCAUACCUAUUUCGCCUGUAUAGAGAUAUCCCUUCGCCGGGAAUGGCGAAGUUGCCCCGACAGGUCCGCGGAAAGCUUAUGCGAAUUUUUGCUAAGGCUCCUAAUCGACGAUGGGCCGAUGCUCGGCGCUAUCUUGCGUUGGUACAAGACAUGAUUGCUUCGGAAAACAAAAUGUCUCGGUCAAUGUGGACUUCUGCGGUGCAUUUUGCUAGUCGAGGGAGUGGCAGCGGCAGAGUUCUGAAGCGGGAUCUUGUACGUGCAAUUGGUGUCUGGCAGCAGAUGGAACAUGUUGCUGGAAUUGAAGCAGACGACGUGGUCUUCAAUAUCCUAUAUGACGCUGCCGUCAAGGCUAGUCAGUUUACCGUUGCAGACCGUCUUGAGCAGGAGAUGAAAAGGCGCAAGCUGGACUUCACUCGCUUUGGACUAGUUUCCAAGAUUUAUUCUGCUGGCGUGCAAAAAGAUCUGGAUGGCAUCACAGAAAACUUUCAAAAAUUCGUCAAGGCCGGCGACAUUGUCGAUACCGUUGUUUUGAACAGUUUGUGCUCUGCUUUUAUCCGAGCAGGGGACCCUUCCGCGGCAGAACAGCUGUACGGCCGCAUGAUCGAGGCUCAGAAAGCCAAACUUAGCACUGAUCAAUCACUCACCACUGACGCAAACCGCGUGGUUUUUGAGCACUCCUUAUCAUCGGGCUUUUCCCAGUACCGAACCAACAGCAGGGCCCUUGGCGAUUUCCUAAAGCGUUCUCAGGCGCUCAAGCGCCAUUUUCCUAAGCACCACCAGGCUCUCCAGGACUCCAUUCCCAUGACUCCAGACACACGCACUUUCUACAUCUUUCUCAAAUAUUACGCACGUCAGAGUGGUCAGUUCGAUAAAGUCGCGAUGAUUCUCCGUGACAUGGAAAACGCCUACGCUGUACCUCCCAAUCAGAUCGUCUAUAUGAUGCUUUUCGAGGGAUUCUCGAUCCAUGGCCUUCAGAGAAAGGCCUGGUCUGCUGAAAGGCUUCGUCUGGUCUGGUAUGCUUACCUACGGGCUUUACGUACUUCAAAGGCAAAACUGGAUGCGCAACAGCGGCACCGAAGUCCCGGGAAGAUGGAAUGGGAAAAUCCUUUAGCCAAUGCUAUGCAUCUGGAAAAAGAGCUGGACGAGGCAGUGGCCGACACAUCCGACGAAUUUUAUAUGCAUCUCCCGUCCGCGAGCAGCGAGACACGCCCAGAUUCCGUGCCUCAAUCCGAAAGACCAGAGGAAUACGCCGAACAUCAUAUAGAUGAUGAAAAUGCUUUUGACAUGGACUCCGACGCUUCUUGGAAGCCGCAGCCCGAGGACGCUCCCGAAACUGAGUCUGGAGUCACUCAGAGCCCCAUGUCCCUCUCCGAAUUAAGCCAAGCUGAUCAAAUCAGCAUCGGCAUGCACCAGCCGGACGACCUCGACAAGUACCUGGAGAACGGUGUUUUUGUUGGCCGGAAGAUGAUUGUUAUCAUUUUACGUGCGUUUGGCGCUUGUUAUGGACCCAAGGAGGUCAUGGAGGCUUGGCUACAACUGGAACGACUUUGGCACCCGCAUCAUCGCAAGGCAACCGACGUGCUUGUCGUCAAGGAAGAGCUCGACAAGCAAAUGUCGAAAGGUCCUCGUCCAAAACUGUAA